AUGGAAUUCAAGUGCGUUCUUGUUGGAGAUAAUUGUGUUGGUAAAAAUAAACUUGCUGCAAUUUGUGCAGGCAUAAUUGCCCCAGGAGAAAUCCCACCAACUGCUGUUCAGGAUCAAAAAGUCUCUAUUAGUGUUGAUGGUGUUAUGAAUACUAUAAAUAUAAUUUCUACUGAGGGUUCUGAAGAAUAUGCACGAUUAAGACCAUUAUCAUAUCCAGGUACUGAUGUUUUUAUUGUUUUAUUUUCUAUAACUGAUCCUGACUCAUAUAAUCAUGUAGAAAAACUAUGGAAACCUGAAAUUAAAGAAUAUUGUUCAGAUGUACCUAUCAUUCUUGUUGGUAGUUGUGCUGAAGUAAGAAAAACCCCUGAAAAAAUUAACUCAUUAGCUGAACAAGGAAUUACUUUAAUUUCACAAGAACAAGGAGAGGCGAUGGCUAAAAGAAUUGGUGCAGUUGAGUACAUCGAGUGGAAUGAUUCAGACAAAGAAGAUGUUGUUUUUAUUUUUGAAGAGGCUAUUCGAGCAUGUUUAAAAAAGUCUAAAGAAAAUAGUACAGGUAAUAAAAAAGAUAAAGAUAAAGGAUGUAAUUUAUCUUAA